AUGCCGGUCUAUAUGCUCCACGGCUUCCGCUGGCCCCGCGCAGGCUUCACGGGGAUUCGCGUGUACAUUGUGCUCCACAACUUAGAAGAAGCAGCAGCAGAAUAUAUCCAGCAACCGCUCACCACAGAGCUAAUCGUGGAAUCCUUCAAAAAGACACAAGCGGAUCUCGUGUCGCGACUACCGGAGCUGUCGUUCAUCGAGCAGUACGAUCCCGCCGACGAGACGAGCGGCACCGUCAGCCAGGACUAUGCAUAUGUUGGCGCGCGCGUACUGGAGAUUCCGGACGACGGGAGUGGUGGUCGUGGCGGCGGACUGAACAUUGAGGAUUGUGUCGAGCAAGGCUCUGGGUUGACGGAGGACCAGACGGCAGCGCUGGAGGAAUUGCGUGAUCGUCUGGCCCCUGGUGAGAAGAUUGGAUGGUAUCUUGUCUACAAUGGGGAUCCAGAUCGGUGGUACCCUGAUUCUGAGGAGGAGGAGUAUGAGUCUGAGGAUGGUUAUGAGGAGGAAAGCCAGCCUCAGACUCAGCGCCAGAGCCAGAUCAAGAGUCAAUCGCAGAGCCAAAGGGAAAGCUUUGGCGAGCCCUCUAGUCCUCGGAGUGUUACGCGGAGAAACAUCCAAAGCUGUCGCAACACUCCCCCGAGUGGUUUCAUAAAUGCUGACCAGGUAAUAUCCUGGCUUUCUGUUGCAAUGGUUCUCUCAUUUAUUCUGGUCCAGAAUCGCCAGGGGAAAACGCGCCUGGCGAAAUGGUAUUCACCGUACAGUGAUGAAGAAAAAGUCAAGCUGAAAGGCGAGGUCCAUCGCCUCGUCGCUCCCCGAGAUCAGAAAUAUCAAUCCAACUUUGUUGAGUUCCGCCGGAGUACCAAGGUCGUCUACCGCCGAUAUGCGGGAUUGUUCUUCUGCGUUUGCGUUGAUGCGAACGACAAUGAGCUAGCCUAUCUCGAGGCCAUCCAUUUCUUCGUCGAAGUGCUGGAUCAAUUCUUUGGGAACGUGUGCGAGCUAGAUUUGGUUUUCAAUUUCUACAAGGUCUACGCUAUUCUGGACGAAGUCUUUCUCGCAGGCGAGAUUCAAGAGACAAGCAAGCAGGUCGUUCUUACACGAUUGGAGCACCUUGACAAGUUGGAGUAG